AUGCAGAGAGCCAGCGGUACCGGAGCCUGGCACAGGCCCCACCGUCCUGCUGGCUGCCAGCUCACCAGCAACAGCCAGGCCACCUAUGUCCUGCACCUGGUGCGGCAGGCCUCCCGCGCAGGGUUCAGUGAGAUGCUGCAUGGGCAGCCGGCCCGGGUGACCCAGGGGCCGCCUCAUGAGCCGGAGUGGGGAUGGAGGGGGAAGGGGGGACAUGGAGAGUGGGGAUGGAGGGGUCAUGGGGGAAGGGGGCAGGGAGCCUCAUCCAUCUCUCUCCCCAGGACUGUUGUGUUCAAUAACCGAGGGUGCAAGGGGGAGGAGCUGCUGACCUCCAGAGCCUUCUGCGCAAGCAACACGGAGGACCUGCAGACCGUGGUCACUCACAUCAAGGCCCAGCACCCACGGGCACCACUCCUGGCUGUGGGUGUAUCGCUAGGCGGGAUCCUGGUGCUGAAGUACCUAGCGCAGCAGGGGCGCAACACGGGGCUGGUGGCUGCCAUGACCUUGUCCGUCCCCUGGGACAUGGAGGAUUCCAGCCGCUCACUGGAGCAGCCGCUCAACUUCCUGCUGUUCAACCGGCGCCUCACGGCCAACCUCCGCCACCUCGUGAGCCGGUGGGACUGGGUCAGGGGGCCUGGAGGGCUGGUACACAGAGGUUGGGGAGACUCUGGGGCUGAUACCUGACCCUCCCACCCCCCUGUAUGUGGUGGGGAGGUGUGGGGCUUGUUCAUAUGGUGUCAGGGG